CUAGCUGAUUUGCUAACGCCAGCCAAUAGAAUGACAAGUUGCCCUGGUACCUACAGAUCUUCCUAAACUGCAUUUGUUUAAAAUUUUUAUUUAUGUGAAAUUUUGCAAGUUUCACAUAAACUUUACAAAAAAGAAAGACAAUGCAGAUAGGAUGGUUUUCCUCAAGAGUUACGUUCCACUGGAAAAUCUGCAAAUGGGUGAAUUCCUGAAAACUGAUUCAUGGAGUGAAAGUGUGUCUGUUGUUUACUCCUUUGUGAGAUCCUUGUGUUUCAUUUCAAUUUCAAUGUCAACACUGAAAUUAAUUAUAUAGAUGAUUCUCUAAUUUAUUGACAUGUACCUGCAAUUACAAAUUAAAAGAGAUAUAUAACAUCUGAAAUCCAAUGAUUUCACAAAAGUCUUGCCAUAAUUAUUGAAUAAAUACACAAAUGACCUGCCAUACUCUUCCAGCUCAGUCAGCUUCACACAGAUCUCUGCAGCACGUCGAAGGUUUGUCAGCGUAGCUUCAGGACCACAGCGAACAUGUCGACCAAAGUUGCCAUGGUGACAGGAAGCAACAAGGGAGUGGGACUAGCCGUCGUCCGAGCGCUCUGCAAGCAGUGGCAGGGGGACGUCUACCUCACCGCUAGAGAUGUUGAUCGAGGUCAGGAGGCCAUAGAGUCUCUGGCCUCAGAGGGGCUGAAGCCUCUGUUUCACCAGCUGGACAUUAACGACCUGAACAGCAUUAAAACAGCUGCUGCUUUCUUCAAGGGGAAGUACGGAGGAGUGGACAUCCUCAUCAAUAAUGCCGCGAUAGCGUUCAAAGUUGCAGACACGACUCCGGUGGCUGUCCAGGCAGAAGUGACCCUACAGACAAACUUCUUUGCUUCCAGAGACGUCUUGACUCACUUCCUGCCGCUCAUCAAACCAGGCGGUCGUGUGGUGAACGUCUCAAGCUUUGUUGGUCCCCGUACCCUAAACAAGUGCAGCCUGGAGCUCCAGCAGCGUUUCCGUAGCGAUGACAUCACAGAGGACGAGCUGGUGGGCCUGAUGCAGCGAUUCGUCGACAAGGCCAAGAAAGGAGAGCUCAAGCAAGACGGCUGGCCCGAAAUGCCAUACGGCGUGUCGAAACUGGGACUGACUACUCUGUCCAUGAUCCUGGCUCGGCAUCUGUCCAAGAAAAGACCACAUGAUGGGAUCUUGCUGAACGCUUGCUGUCCAGGAUGGGUGCGCACCGACAUGACCGGUGAGAGAGCAGCCAAGUCACCAGAUGAGGGCGCCGUCACACCGGCAUAUCUGGCCCUUCUGCCGCCUGAAACUACAGAACCUCACGGAAAGUUUGUCUCUGACAAGAAAGUUCAGCUGUGGUGAACACUGGAUGAGUUUAAGUCUUCACAGAGGCAAAAAUCUGCAAAAUGAUUUAAGAAACGGUUGAAACCGGUUACUGAAAUAAGGUACAAAAGAACCUUAUUACCAACAACACCACAAACUGCAAAGUUUCACAAAAAAAGUCACUACAGCUACCCAGUCAACAACACAAGCAAAAGGCUUUACCAAGAUAUCCCAAAAGUGUUCUGAUUGGACAUCACAGAUAUAAUACAGAGGAGAGGUCAAGGGAAAAGCUGGCUCCCUUUGACUUUUCUCUCCCAUUUGACAUUUUGGAUUCUGGCAUUGGCUGUUACAUGCACACACAGAUAACGAUAAAGAUAUUCUUAAAUGCUGUGUUUUAUGCCAAAGACAAAUAUGUCAGACGAAACAACCUCAUUCAGAUGCCUUUAUAUUGUUUCUGGUUAAAGUCUUGUAAAUCAUCUCUGCUCCAUCUAUUCUCCCGUUGAGUCAGUACCCCAGCAGAUUGUGGGCCAGCGUGGUGCUGAUGUACAUUACGUGUGACAGUGGGAGUUGUAGUCUUGUCAGACAAGAGUAAAGCCCCGAUUACCUUGUAGAUAAAAACUAAUCCGUUGCGUGGGAGCAGCGUGGAGAUGGCCAGAGACAGAGGGGAAAGAUAAUCCUCUGAUCUCUGCUGUCUGCCAGAGGAAUUUCCCUCGCAUUCCCUUUGAUGAUCAUAAUGACCGUCACUGUCAUUGUUUGGAAGCGCUGAACGGGCAUUAUAAUUACUUUAUUGAUCCUGCAGUUGGGAAUUCCUUCAGUGGUAAAUUCACAAGUGAUACAACUAAUACAGUCAUCAAUAACAACUUUGAUUACAUGCAGCACACUAUUAGGGCGGACAGCAGGCCUUGUUUCUCUAUAAUUCAUCUAUCUGACCCAACGUUUAUAUAUUUUUAACAUAAAUGGCACAAUUUAUAACAGGGGUGUCAAACUCCAGUCCUCGAGGGCUGC